AAUCAUAGUUGUUGAAUUUCUAGGCUAUUGUAAUGGAUGAAAGUAAAAACUUCAAGAAAUAUAUUGGCUGAAAUUUCACAAUUAAAAGAUUCCCAUUCAACGUUGCCAUGACAACCACAUCCCAUCUGUUAGAUAGUGGAUGGCUAUCUCUGGUCAUAGCUGGACACGACUCAGCCAAAGUUUCGGCCACUGCGGCCACUACAGAUUCUAGGUUGCACAGAGGUCCAAAUACCAUCUCUGCCAAACUAAAAGUAACUUGUGAAAAGAUGGACUUAGAAAAAGCCCACAAUGGCAGUCUUUCAUCGCAAGACGAAUCUUGCAUAGGAGGUUGUUCCAGAAAAAAUAGACCAAAGAAUCCAAAAACCCAACAGUUUAUUCUGAUGAGCUCGAUCUACGCUCAACUGCUGGUUGUUAUAUGCGUGGUGUUUUUUACGUCAGAAAUUGUUACUCCUCGAGUUCCUCUAUUUUAUUUUGAGGGAUUUUAUGUGUUCUUGUAUUCUGUGAGUCUUUUAUUCCUUCUCUAUGUUUACACAUAUCUCUUAAGAGAGCCAACAUCAAAACCUUCCAGAAAGUUGAAUCUUAUGGAAGGAUUACGAAUGAAAAUGGGAGAAAAAGCUCCAAGAAAAGAACUCCCAGAAACAAAUCUAGCAACUAUUAAUCCUAGGCAAAAAAAGCAUCGAAUUUCAGAAAAUGACAGAAGUCAUGGAAGUUUGUUUCUCAGGAUCGGUGCAAUAGCUUUUGGCUUAGGAACUAUGGUGUAUAAUGGCUUAGAAUUUGGUUCAUUUUUUGAGAUUCCUUCUUCUUCACCAUGCUACAGCAUCCUCCUUGGUAUUAAUCCUGUACUACAAAUGAUGUUCACAUUUGCCCAGAUGUACUUUAUUUUUGCAAAUGCUAGGCUGAACAUUCAUAAGUUUAAAGUACUAGCAAGAUUUGGUUUGAUGCAUGUUGUUGCUACAAAUAUUUGUGUCUGGAUUCGCACAGUUGGGAAAGAAACACUACAAGAAAUAGUGAAACAUCAUCUUUCUCAAGAAAGAGGACAUCCAAGUAGCUUAGAAGAAUUAAUUUUGCCAUUUAGAGAAAACUACAUUAAAAACAAUAGCAACCCAUGCCAGAAGCAAGAUAUUAUGGGCUCCAUUGUGUCUGAUUCAUCUCCUUUCUUAUUUCCAUUCAUUGUGGAAUACAGUUUAAUUGGAGCUGCUGUUUUGUAUGUGAUGUGGAAAAACAUUGGCAAAGACCCAGUUUUUCAUGGAAACCAAGAAUUCGAAGAUGGACUCUCCCGUGCUUCAAGCGUACAAACUCUCCCAAAAAUGAACUGCGCUGGAUCCAGCAAAGGUUUAUUUUUCGGUCUUCUAAUUCUUGUUAUUGCCACAAUCUGCUUAAUAGUUUUCUUUGUUUUGAUUGAGAAUGAACAUUACAGCUUACUCGCCAUUUUCUUAUCCGAUGUUUCUCAUAGUGCAAUUAUGGUUAUGACAAUCUUCACUAUUAUUGUCGGAUUCUUUCGCAUCAAACAGUUGAAGUUUCAAGCAGACCGAACUGAUCACUUACGGGACAUUCUUCUCACUGUAGCUGCUUACGGUUUAUAUGUUUACGCUAUGUUUGGCAUAAUCGCGGGGACAUUGUCCCCGAAGGAUUAUGUUCCAAAUCUUCUUGUGAUGGUAACAAGCUGUCUAACGAUAGUGCAAGUGACGUUACAGUCUCUUUUUGUGGCUGAAAUUACCUGCCGAUCUACUUACCUCCCAGAACACGACCAAUCAAAACCAGGAAGGCAAGUGGUUGCUUUCUUGAUGAUGGGGAAUCUUACUCUUUGGAUAAUUUAUACGUUUGAGAUGCAAAAAGCUGAAGCCAGUCCUGUACAGUUAGGAUUCUACGGAUUUAUGGCAUGGACAGUCAUUGUCAGAGCCACGUUACCAUUAAGUAUCUUCUAUCGUUUUCAUUCAUCAAUAACGUUUGCAGAAGUGUGGAAAAACUCUUAUAAAAAUGUUUCUGCUUAAUAAUAGAUCUAGGAUUAUUAAAUCAAUAGAUAGGAAAGUUAAUACAAUUUAAACCGCUAUUUAUAAUAGAAAAUAUAUACAUCUGGAAAAGUGAUAUGUUUGGAAAAAUAAGGUAAAAAUGCUCAGUUUAAAAUGUGGGAUGUAUAUUGUUAUAAUGUCAUAGUUUAUAAAGCUUCAGCCGUUUUCUCUGCUACAUGUUUCAAAUUUCUUAAAAUGUAUUUAUUUAUUAGUUUCCAUCAUGGUUUAUUUGAUUUACAUUUUGAAGAGAAAAUAAUGUCACCCAUACAUCAGAAGACUCAUAUAUAUAAAUACCAUGUUUCUGAAAAAAUAAUUUAUGAAAACUGGAAAAUAAA